AUGGCAUCACCACCUGGCACCUUGGGCAACCUGAGUGCGGAACAGGAACAAAGACUGAAAGAGUUCUGGGCUAUAACGUUGAAGACAUUUGGGAUACGGGAUCCUUCGGAUAUUGGCAGUGCAGGGUCAGCCAGACCCAUCACACCAGCCGAUGCUCCUGCUCCAGUAGAGUCGGAGUCGGCUAAGAAGAAAGAGAAGCAUGGUUUGUUUCAUCGAAAGCACAAGGACAAUUCAAGUACUUCCAGCUCACCUGGGAUUGGCUCCUCGAACGAUCCAGAGGACAAAUAUGGUCAAACACGAGAUUUACAAGCGAUUCUAGCCGCUGCAAAGCCUGAAGACCUGCGUGCAUCCUUUUGGUCGAUGGUAAAGAACGACCACCCUGAUACCCUCCUACUUCGAUUUCUUCGUGCGCGGAAGUGGGACGUCCAACGUGCACUUGCCAUGCUGGUAUCAACCAUGCAUUGGCGCAGAACUGAGAUGCACGUCGAUGACGACGUCAUGUUUUACGGCGAAGGCGGUGCGUUGAAAGACUCACAAUCAUCGGAUCCAAAUGUGAAGAGGGAAGGAGCAGAUUUUCUGCAACAACUAAGGUUAGGAAAGAGCUUUUUACAUGGAGUGGACAAGGAAGGCAGACCACUUUGUUUCGUUCGCGUACGACUACACAGAGGUGGUGAGCAAAGCGAAAGAGCAAUGGAAAGGUAUACAGUCUACGUGAUAGAGACAUGUAGAUUGGCCUUGACACCACCUGUCGAAACUGCUACUGUUAUGUUUGAUAUGACUAACUUCACAAUGGCCAACAUGGACUAUACACCAGUCAAGUUUAUGAUCAAAUGUUUCGAAGCUAACUAUCCAGAGUCCCUCGGUUGCAUAUUGAUACACAAGGCCCCUUGGAUUUUCCAGGGAGUCUGGAAGAUUAUUCGUGGUUGGCUGGAUCCGGUGGUCGCAGCCAAAGUUCAUUUCACAAACGGUCUGGACGAUCUGAGUCAGUAUGUACCCAAGUCACAAAUAAUCAAAGAGUUGGGCGGAACAGAAGAUUGGGAGUACAAAUACAUCGAGCCCUUAGUCGAUGAGAACGCGAGGAUGCAGGAUACUGCAAGCAAAGCUAGACUACAGCAGGAACGACAAGAAAGAGUGGUAGAGUACGAGAAGUUGACGUUUGACUGGAUUCAUGGACAGGAGACCAAGCCGCAAAGGAAUCAGGUGGCCGAGAGUUUGAGAGUCAACUACUGGAACUUGGAUCCUAUCAUAAGAGCUAGAUCUUUGUAUGAUCGAACCGGCAUGAUUGGCCCGGAUGGAAAGGUAAACUACUAUCCUACGCAGACAUUAAAGAAAGAGAAUCUGGUGUUGGGCGGUAGCUCGAACGGCGUGCCGCCAAGCAAGGAGGCAAGUGCGGACGAUGUAGAUUGA